UGAAGACUUCACAACGGGCUCAAACCCCUCAGCAGCGAGCGAGGGUGUUGUUAAUAUAUGAAUUUAAUGGUGGAUUGCGGUUUGGCCUAGGUGCAGAAACGGAUUUCACUUAUUUUUGUGCAAUAAUGAAAUUUUGCCAUGCCGCCGAGAAGAGCAGCCCCUCGAAGGCAGCUGAACGGGCGGGAAAGGAGUGAAGAACAUGUCCUUGAUGCUAUCAGUAUUGGAGAUACUAGCGACUCGUCGGUAGUUAUGACCGGCCAACGGCGCAUAACUAGGGAAAAGGGUAAGGGCAAGGCUGUUGCCUCCAAUCGAAAUGUCAUUCCUGGCGUCUACCAGGAGAUGCUGGCUGAAGCUCUACCUCUGCAAUCGGAUGUACCCGAAAGGCCGUUGAAAAGAAGAAGGACGGAUCGACAGAACAAGCGCGCAUCUCCCAGUCACUCGAGAGGUCCUGUUGACGUCGAGUCGAAUGAUGUAGACGACGAAGAUGAUGAGGAUGUACAAUUUGAGGACGUUCUGGUUUCUGAUAGACGCAAUGGCUCGGAUGAUGAGUCGCAGGAUGGUGAUUUUGAGUUUGCUCCCAAACGAUUACAAACUGCCUACAGAGACUCAGAAGAUGAGCUGGAAGAGAGCGAUCUGGAAUGGGAAGGUGUCAAUUUUGACGCCGGGGUUCAAAAUGAUGAGCCCAGCGGGGACCUUGAAUUAACCUUGACUGCGAAAUCGAUCCCUCAGCAGAAAGUUGCCUCGAGACGGAAAGUUGCAAACAAAAUGGAGAGGGGCCUCCGAUUACAAACUCAUAAGUUGCAUGUGUUAUGCCUGUUAUCAUAUGUGGACCGAAGGAAUGAAUGGUGCAAUGAUUCUGAAGUUCAGAGUUCACUGAAACAUCUCUUGACUAAGAAAAUGUUGACCUUUCUCAGGCCAAAAUCCGAUCUUUCACAAUUUGGGCGAGCAGAGUCCUUAAAAAGAGGUCUUGAGGAUGUCUCCAAGAUGUGGAGAGCAAAAUUCAACAUCACAGCUAGAGGCAUGCGGAGAUCUUUAUGGGCUGAGAAUGAGCAAGACCUCCAAAAUUCUAGGUUACCACCUGAUGCAGACUCCUGCUUCGAGAAGUCCGAUUUCAGAGCUGCCGCGAAGAAUUUGAAGGGGUCUAGGGAUCUAGGAGCUCAGCUGUACUGUUCCCUGCUUCGCAGUGCAGGUGUCGAAACGCGCCUUGUAUGUUCUCUCCAGCCGCUAUCAUUCAAUGCAGGCGGACCCGCCAUGCCUCAAAGUGUCGUAUCACCAGCUAAAGCAACAACCCCGGAGCCCAGCGAUGAGGGAGAAGCGAUCGAUAUUCAAGGCCCAAAUUCUCCCUUCAAGGGUGCCGGUGGAAGGAAUGAUGGUGCUUUACCAUUCGCUCCCCGACGACGACUCGGGCAUCCUAACGCCGCGGAUUAUCAUAUGCCUGAUAUCAGCGCUCCAGUGGUUACCCCACCUAAACCAAAAGCAAAGGUAAUACGCGAGUCGCCGUAUCCUGUCUUUUGGGUUGAGGUUCUGGACGAAGCACACCAAAAAUGGUUUCCUGUCGAUCCCCUAGUCACUGAAACUGUUGCAAAACCUCGAGCAUUUGAGCCGCCAGCAUCUGACCGAGAGAAUAAUAUGUCAUAUGUUAUUGCUUUCGAAGAAGACGGAUCUGCACGAGAUGUUACAAGGAGGUACGCGAAAGCGUACAACGCGAAGACGCGGAAAAACCGAGUUGAAUCUACAGAAGGGGGAGAGAAAUGGUGGAGACGAACCAUGAGAGCCUAUUCUCGUGGUUGGAAGAGUGAUUUGGACCAAAUCGAAGAUAACGAGCUGGCAGCGAAUGAGGCCAGAGAGCCCAUGCCUAGGAACGUCGCGGACUUUAAGGAUCAUCCUUAUUACGCAUUAGAGAGACACCUGAGAAGAAACGAGGUACUGGUUAGUACUCAUGAAGUUGGAAAGGUGGCUGCAGGACGUGAUCCCAGAGCACCUGGCCAGAAAAAGUUAGAAAGCAUAUAUAGGAGGCGAGAUGUCAAAAUCGCAAGGAGUGCGGAUGCUUGGUAUCGACUGGGAAGGGAUGUGAAAAUGGGAGAACAGCCUGUCAAAACUGUUGCAGCGAAACGGAGAGCCGAAGACGAAAACCUCGGGGAUGGUGACGAUAUAGAGGAACGUGCUGGCACGAACCUAUACACCGAAGAUCAAACCGAACUGUAUGAAGCGCCACCAAUAGUCAACGGGCGGGUGCCAAAGAACUCGUACGGAAAUGUGGAUAUAUUUGUCCCAAGCAUGAUUCCAAAGGGCGGAGUCCAUGUUCCCUAUGACGAAGCUGCUCGAGCCGCCCGACUACUGGGCAUCGACUACGCCGAUGCGCUAACAGGCUUCGAGUUCCGAGGCCGGCAUGGCACAGCUGUGUUGAAGGGCAUUGUUGUGGCCGCCGAGUAUCGCGAAGCCGUCGAAGCCGUAAUCGAAGGCUUUCGGGACGAGAAAGCCCAAGCGGAAGAUGAAAUUCGAACGCUUGCCGCUCUCAAAAUGUGGAAGCGGUUUCUGGUUGGAUUACGGAUCAAAGAGCGGGUUGAUAUGUACGAGGUUGAUGGGGAGAGAGAGGAGCUUGAAAGGGUGCAAGAAGAUGACGAUGACAAAGGUAUGGAAAGUGAGGAGUAUAUCGAUGAUGGCGCAGGUGGCUUCUUUCCUGAGUGAAAUGAAGACUCUGGAUGAACGCUGUCACUGGGUCACCAAGACAUUAGUGUCCUCAAGAGAAGCUGUUUCACUUGUUCAAACGAUUCUUGAAGGUUUCAUUACAAAUCUUCCGCUUGUACAAUUUCCCUGAGAAAGACCACGCAGAAUAUGUAAGUCUUCGGCUCUUAGCAAUCAGCAAAGCAAAUC